CACCGGCAAUCAUUCGAUAACUUCGCGGCUCGGUCCUAUUGUUGUUAGAAAUCAUCAAGAAAGAAUUCAAGAACUGCCAUGUUUGUAAGCAAAUUUCGAGUUUGAGCACAUCAUUUAACUAAAAAAUCCGAUUAUUUAUUCGUUUAAAAACUAUGUAAUUAUGAAACGAACUGUUACAACAUUUUAUACGCCGCCACCUUGGCUCACAGCGUUUAAGAUAUUCAAAAAAGAAAACGUGAAAAUGUAUUCGCUCUCUGGUACUACGUCAUUGACUCAGAAUGAAGCCGUAGUCAAUGAGACAGAAAUAAGCCGGUGUCAUCUCACUCCCGAGCUCCCACUGCGCCUCAUUACUCCACAAUGCAGCAGGUUGUGGCAUGCGCGAGAGGAUGAACUGCCCUUCCCUGAUCCAUUCUGGGCCUUCUUUUGGCCAGGAGGUCAGGCUGUUGCAAGAUAUGUGCUGGACUGCCCCGGUGUGGUGAAGGGGGCCAGGGUACUGGACCUAGGGUGCGGGGGCGGCGCCGUGGGCAUAGCCGCCCUCGCUGCCGCAGCAGCCAGCGUCACCUUCAACGACGUUGAUCCUGUGGCUUUGGAGGCAGUGGCUGAGAAUCUAAAGCUCAAUUUUGGUGAAGAUAUUUCUAUGGAACGCGUCACCAUGGAACAGAAGAACCUGAUUACCGAUCCCAUCACGGAGGACUUCGCAUGGGACGUCGUCUUGGUGGGCGAUGUGCUCUAUGAUUCUGAAUUCGCAGCAGAGGUGCUGGCUUGGUUAACACAAGUACGCUGCAGAGGCAUCAAGGUUUUCCUGGGAGACCCUGGGAGGAGCAGCUUCCGGGACGUGACUGCCCGACUCAGUAACGGUGGACUACAGGAGGCCACGCGAGCUGCACCAGCAGAAAUGAUCACUGAAUCUCUUCAUCUGAUCCGCGUGGGGAAAUAUGCCUUACGAGCGGACACAGUGUUAGAAAAUAGAGGCUUUUCAUCAGCGUAUUGUUGGACUUUACGAUAAAUGCGAGCAAAUCA